AUGUUACUACUGAUGUCGUUACUUCAGCAAGAAGAGAUCACUUUUAACGAAAUUCUUCCUUUAGGAGGGUCUCAGCUGCAUGGACUACAUCCAGACCAUGUCGAAGGCGACAGAGCACUGUCGGGAAUAUCAUCUGCCUUUGUCCUAACCUUUGUCGCCUAUGAGAGAGCUUUCGAUAGGGCUGCAACGGAUGCACUACUCUCAGCGCUGGCCGAUCAACGUGUGGAGCGCGUCAUAUAUACUUUGUUGUUCUUAGAGGCGAUUGGAGAUAAUAUCGUUGCAGUAGCUCCAGAAGGUCAAAGAAAGUUCACUGAUAGUUUCAAGCAGAAGAGAUCUGUACCGUAA